CUACCGGCCCCCUCGCAUCUCGCCGGCGCCGCCCGCGGAUUCUUCGACCCGCCGCCGGCUGCAGGCUAUCGAUCGUCCGAACGGGCCUUCGUUGAACGGAGGUGUGGGUGCGGCGUUCAGGUCGAGCGCCAUGUCGCCUCGGACGCAUCGCGUGGGUCGCGGCUCCCCGCAGAGGCGGCGGAGGCAUAGGAUCGGGUCAUCGUUCAGGGCUUUCACUGCGCUUGACGACCCUGGGGAAGACAGCGGUGGGGUGGCUGGCCCGUCAAGUGGCUGGCUGACUUGACUGUCCUGGGAAGGGGUACACUACAUACAUGUGGGGAAUUGCACGAGGGGCAGAGGGAGGGAGGGUGAUUCGACCGAAGCAUGGUCUGGUGGCUGGCUGGUCAACCAAGCGUGGUGGGUAUGCGGGCAGUGCGCCCGCCGUGAGUGGCGGUGGGUGUUUGGCCUCAGGGGUGAUGGGUGAUUUGAUGGUAUGUGCGCCUGUCGAUAGGAUAGACCGACGGCAUGCGAUGCGAUAUGGUCUGCCUGCCUGCAAGCUUACCUUCCUGCUCUUGCCCUGCGUGCCUUUGUCGCUGGUUUGGUGCACCGAGAGAGACAAUUAGAGAGGGACAGGCAGAGAGAGGGAGGGAGAAAGGGGCACAUCUGUUGGUUCGGUGGUUCGUGUGGAGUAGUGCACUGCUGUGGCGGCAUCCCAUUCCCUGUGCUGGGUUUGUUCCGGGGGUGAUACAUACGAUCGUCUGUCUGUGUUUGUAUGCAUCGCAUCGAAUUACUCAGCCGCUUCGCUGCUACGUGCACUCUUUGUCGAUAUCUCUGUGUGUAGACUGUGGAUAGACAGAAAAAGCCAUGCAUCUGCUGGGGUGGGGGGGGGGUGAAGGCUCUCGUUUUUUUGGUCGUGUCUGUGCUGGUCGGCGAGUGGGUGCCCCAACAGACAGACAGAGUGUACAAGAUACAGACAGACAUGGUGUUGCUCAGCCUGAAGGAGUGAGUGAACAAACGAAUCAAUGAAUCAAUACAUCACACAAACACACAUUCAUCUGUUUCUCAUCUGCUCUCUCAUCCCUCCCUGCACCCACGUGUGUACCUUUGCUUUGGCCGCGUUGAUCAUGUUGAGUUGCGCCUGGAGCUUCUGAGCCACCCUGGACAGAGCCUUCAACGCGUCCUCGGGACCGACCUCAAACACACACACAUAUGGUAGGUGAUACAACACACAAACACACGUCCAUCUCGCUCCUUCCCACACCUCUGCCCUUUGUGUGCGGUCACACAUACCUCCAUGUCCACGUCAGGUGUCAGCGCCUUAGUCUUCUUGGCCCGCUUCUCGCCCUUCUUGCCCACGCCGUCCUUCCCGCCCUUGUCCUUGACGGUCUUGUUGCCCACGCGGCGAGCCUUGCGCUUCUUCCUGGCGCCCCGGGAGUCCCAGUCGCUGCACGAGUCGUUGCUGCUCUCACACGACGUGAUCGGCUCAUCCACUGCCUUGCGCUUCAUCGGGCAGCACAUCAGCCGCAGCAGAUGCAGCGGCUUGAAUGGCGGCCUGGCGCUUCGGGCGGGCCGAAAAGGCGUUGGUCUCCGGAGACGAAAGAGAGAACAGAGUUCAGCAACCACGGCGAAUCCAAGCGAUGGAUGGG